CAUGAUGAAAGUAAUUUUUAUCAGAGUUUGAUAAUUAUUUGUUUUUCAUUUUCUAUACAUUUAUUGUUUCCUAUUUUUUACACAACUAUUUUACGUGUAGAUUUAUUUAUUCUGUUUAACAGCAUAUAUUUUUACAUAUUCAACUUAAAAAUCUUUCCUAUUUUUGAAAGACGCCAUUAAGCUCAACAUAAAUGUAAGGCUGCCAUGAAUUCAAGGCUCAUUCAAACAAUAUGGGAGGCUGUUUAGCUUUACAUAGAAAUCGCAGGGGAAGGAAUGCAUCUUCAGACAAUGGAUCUCGUCCCAGUUCUGGUAAAUUAUUUAUCUAUAGGUUUAUUCCUAGAGAAUAAUUACACCCAUUCCAUAACGUUUCGUUGAAAUAUAUGCCUUUACAUUUCCUCUGAUAAUUUCUAUUUUAGUAUUGUGUAGGUACAGAUCACAACUAUUGUAUUGUGGUAUGGGUAAGAUAAUAUUAUAUAUUUACAUAUAUAGCAAUUAUAGAGUUCUAAAAUUAUUAAGAAAAAGUCAUUAUGUUCCCCACCAUCUGUUAGUAUAAAUAACAAACUAAAAAUUUGAUAAAAUUAUUCAUAUACACAUUAGUAAAUUCAUCGAAUGAAUAUAAACUGUUCCAUUAUACCUGCAAAUUGUAGUAUUUUUUUGAACCAAUUAAUAUACACCAUUUAGAUCUUAAAAUACCAUAGUACUGUACUAAUACUUUAAAUAUCCUUACUGAUUAUAUUUAAAUUACUUAUCAAUUUGUACCUAAUAUGUAAUAAUAACUUGAAAAGUUAAAAUUUUAAUAAAAUUAUUACAUUAUCAAUUUUCUGUAAAAUCCAUUAUCUCUAAAAGUAUUACAUUUUUUAAAAAAAUUCUUUCUGAAAAUGUAAUUUUAAAAUUGCAAUGUUUCAGUUUUGGAACUAAAUAUGUACUAAAUUAUGAAAAAAUGAAAAACUUUUCUGUAUGAAUAUUUUAUGAAAAACUGAUCACUCUAUAUAUCUACAAACAGUUAUUAUACAUUUUUCAAUUUAUUAAAUAACAGAAAUGAUAACACUAUUAUUUAUGAAGUACAUAGACAUUUUCACUUUAUAAUAAGUAAUUGAAAUUGUAUAUUUUACAUAAAACAUAACUAUCUGUUAUUCUAAUUCUUGUUCUAUUUAACUAAUUUAAUAUUUACAAAUUUUAUAACAUGUAUAUUAUGUAUGUAUAUGUUUACUGCUUGAUACCGAAAUUGGCUUAUAUGCAGAUUUUUCAAUUAAACUAUACUAAUUUACUAUACACUUCAUUGUUUAUUGUAUAAUUAUAUUGUAUUAUAUAUCACAUAGUAUUUUACUAAUAUACCUGAAUAAUUUGUUUUUAAUAUUUUAUAAUUUAUAAAAUCCUAUGCAUUGAUUUAUCUAUACAGGUACUAACAGAAAAAACCAUCCAUUAUGCCAUGAAACAAUCCGUUGGAAAUCUGAUGUUGCCUUGACUGAAGGUCAAUUACGAAGCAAACGAGAUGAGUUCUGGGAUACAGCCCCAGCAUUUGAAGGGCGGAAAGAAAUUUGGGAUGCUUUAAGAGCAGCUACUGCAGCUGCUGAAACGACUGAUUUUCAAUUGGCACAAGCCAUAUUGGAUGGCGCUAACAUUUCAGUUCCUAAUGGUAAACAAUUUAUACACAACACUUUAACUUGUUAUUUAUUUUAAUCAAAUUAUUUUUAAGGAUUUUUAACUGAGUGCUAUGAUGAAUUGGGAACACGGUACCAGGUUCCCGUCUAUUGUCUUUCAUACCCUAUAAAUAUAGUAAAAGAAGGUAGUGGCAGAGAUUCCCCGAUUGAACAAACAGGUGCAUAAUAUUUAGUUUCACUAUAUUGUUAUAUUAAUAAUUUGUAUUCAAAUAUUUUAAGUUGGCCAUAAUUGAUUACAUUAUUUAUUAUAAAAUUAAUUUUAUCUCUAUAAUAAUUUCAAUUAUUCUAAUUAUAGAAUCAUCUGAUGAAGGUUCUGAAAUUAUGUUGAAACUUCGUUUGUCAUCCAACUGUCAGGAUAUAAAAAUGCCACUAAUGACAAGAGACACUAUAGCACAAGCUAAAAAAAAGUUACAAGUAAGUAGUUUACUUUUGUAUUAAAAAAAAUAAUAAUUAUUAUAACAAAAUUAUAAUCUAUUUCUUUUAAUUCAAAUUGUAUAUACUAUCUAAUUUGUAUUCACUGAAUAUUAUUUUGCAUGUUUUAUGAAAAGAAAAAAUGUAGGAGACAAUUAUUCAAUUUAUUCAUUACAUUACAUUUGAAUUAUUAUACAUACACAUACAAUUUAAAAUUAUGAUAACUUAAAAAAUAUGUGCAUCUAAAAAUUUCUAAUUGUACCAGCAUCAUUAGUAUUAAAAAAAAAAACUUUUAAAAAUAAAACAAGAACUGAGGACGAGUGUUACCACUUUUGUAAUUGGGUAGUAGGGAAGGUGGGAUACAUAGUUAUUUAUUUUAUACUUGUAAACAAUGAUUAUUCGUUGAUAACAAAAAACGAUUUGGAGCAAAAUUUGAUUAAACAUGUUUUAAAAGACUGUUGUGUUUAUGAUUUUCAUCAAAAUUUUAUUUUAAAAAAUACGAAAUUAAACUUUUUUUUACUCAUAAUGAACCUCUUAUCAAAUUUUCAAGUAAUUCUGUAAAUAUUUUAAUCUGAAAAAAAGAAAUGAAAACAUUAUUUUUGUAAAAUUAUCUGUUAUUUCUACUACUUUAUAUUUUUUCAGUUUGCUCAAUUAUUAAAAAUAAUUAUAAAGAAAAUCAAAAACCGACCUUCUUGAUUACCCACAAUAUUAAAAAUUUAGCAAAAAAAUUUCGUUGUUUUUCUAUUGGAGCAAUAAUUAUGGUAGAAAUUAUAGGCUGUACAAAUUUAAAAUAAUUAAAUUAUGCCAUAAUUUGAAAAAACAUUGUUUAUUAUGCCUUUUUUUUGGUUUUUCUCAAUAAUAUAAAAAAUACUUUAAAUGUUAAAAAAUAACCUACUCUGUCAAUAACAAAAUAUUGUAAGAAACAGAAUCAAUCUCUUAUCUUUUUUUCGAUUGAAGUAAUAUUCUGGUAAAAAACUUAAAUAUAAUUCAAUGAAAAUGGUAACUCCAUGGCACACAUAUUUGCUGUUACCUAUAAUUUUUGUUUGGUUGGUACUUUGUGUUUAAAAUUGUUGGUCCAAACAAAAAUUUUAAAAAUUUAACAGAAGGUUCAUUAUAAGUCGUACUUUGUGAUUAAAAAAAAUGAGUGUAAUAUAAAAUAUUUUUUUAUAAGAAAUUUGAUAAAAAUUGUUUUUGUAAAAAUAUUAUUAAAACAAAUAUAUAAUACAUAUGUAAAUAUUUUACCAUAUGACAUUAUAUAUUGUUGACAAAGCAAUACUAUUAACUGAACUCUGCUCAGAAUAGUUUUUUGUUAGCAAUUAUUAAUCGUUACUUAUAGAUAUACAUUCAAUUUCCUCUCUACCUUCCCAACAUCUAACCUGCACUAGUAGCUGCAUUCAUGUACAAAGUAUUUGUGUUUUCUUUUUUUUUUUUGCAUUUGUGCUACUAAAUUAAUAAAUGUAAUUCAUAAAUCAACAACAAAAAAAUAAAAUGUUCCAAAAAUAUCGAAAACCAUGGAUUGACCAACUGUUAACGGUUGAAUUUCAAGAUAAAAAGUAAACAUUGAUCUUUGAAUGGUCAAGUGUACUAAGUUUCAUCAAGAUUGGAAUAAAAUUGUGAAUUUGUGUAGCGAAACAGACAGACAGAAUUUAAACUUAAACUAUGAUUUAUUAAGCUAUAAUCAACCCCAGUUUAAUUAAAAACUAUACUUAAAUGUUUGAAAUUUAAUCAUUACUUUGUAAUAAGUUUUCUUCAAAUAAUGUAUGUUUUACUUUUUAUAUAUAUAUAUAAAAUUAGCAAUAGUGCAAAAUAAAAAUAAAACUUUUGGUAGAAAAAAAAGAAUAUUGUUAUUUAAUUAUUUAAAUUAUAUUUCAAAAAGAUUAAAAACAAAUUUACAAGUACUAUCAAUUUUAUAUAUAUAUAUAUAUAUAAUUUUAACAUUUUUUAAUAUUAUAUUCAUAAAACUUAAUACAACAGAAUUACUUAUUUUAUCAAAAAAGGAUUAAAUAUACUAUUAAUAUAACAUAUUGUAUAUAUGUAUAUAUAAGGGCUAAUUAAACAGUAUAAAGACUGAUUUCUCUGAAAUCAGGCACUGAAGAGCAAAAGUAUUGGUAACCCUGGCUUCAAUGAAUUCUGAGUACAUCUACUCUUGUAGAAUCUCUUUAAACUUUGCUGUUUUGAUUCAACAAAUUUUUUCUAAUAUAUGUUUUUCAUAUUUACCAAUUUUGUAAUGAAUCCAAAAUAAUAGAAAUUUGCUGCCACUCAGCAACACAUCUGCAGUUUUUCAAUUAAAUUAUUUUAGCAUAAACCAUGAAACAUUAUAUCUAACUGAAUAUAAAAAAAAAAAAAAGUAGAAAAAUUAUCUUGAAAUCUCCAACUGUCAAGUUGCUCUUCUUUUUGAUUCAUUACAAGUGUGAAAAACAUAUUUUACAAAAAUAUCGAUAAAAUCAAACCGAAGAAGUUUUACUGCAUAAAACAUUAAAUAAUUAAUAAUUAUGAAAAUAUUUUAUAAUAUAUAAAUUUUGAAUUAAAAUUAUUAAAUUGUCUUUUUCUUUUUUUUUUACAAGGCUAAAGAAGGCAUUGAAUCUCUACAUCAAAGGUGGUUUUUUGGUGGUAAGCUUUUGGGUGAUAAAUUACAUAUAGAUGAAGCAAGAAUUCUUCCGAGUUACGUAAUUCAAGUGAUCAUUAAUCCUGACCCAACAAAUGACAGAUGAAUACUAUGUGCUAUUAUAUGCUAUUAUAGUUAAAGGUUUGCAAUGCAUGCUUAACCCAUAAAGGAACAAACAAAAAUGUAUAUCACAUAAAUUUUUAUUCAUUCAAUUUUAUUUUUUAUUAAAUGUCUACAAAAUUUCAUAAUUUUUAUAAUUAUCUCUUUUAUUGGUUAUGAUUUAAUAUAUUUAAAAUUAUUUCAGAGAUAAUCACUGUUACAAAUACAUUUGUUACAUUUGAAAUGCUUUCACAAUGAGUUUAUUUAUUGUAGAUAUAUUAUUUAGAAAAAAAAACAACUAUAUAAUAUAAAAUGUAUUUAACUUAUGAAAAAUUCAUUCUAUGCAUAAAACAAAAUCUAACUAGUAAACUAUUAUAAUCUUGAAUUAAAAUUUUGAAUCUUUCAUAAGUUUUAAAUUAAUUAUUUUGUACUUGUGAUCAAAAUAUUGUAUUUUGACGAAAAACAAAGAUUAAAGUACAAACUUGGAAUGAUCAAACUUAAUAUCUCUAAAGCUUAGAGUCUAAGCUAUAAAACACAUUUUCUUGUACAUUUUAAACUCAAGUGUUUAGGUAAAGUAUUUAUGAU